ACGAUCACGCGGCCUGCACGUGACCUCCCUAACCUCGCUGCCCAGCCUGCCCUCGCCUUCUCUUCCGCAAGGCGGCGGCGGCGGCGGCUUCUUCUCUCCCCGUGUGUUUGAGAGGGAGGGAGGAGGGAGAGAGCGAGGGAGCCAAUAGCCAUGGCGUGGGAGGAGGAGGCCGUGGAGGAGGAGGAAUAUGGUGAGGAGAUGGCGGCUUCGGAGUCGGAGGCGGAGGACGUUGUGGUGGGGCAGAUGCCGACGGUGAUGGUACCGAAGCACAUCAAUAAGCGUUCCCUCAAGAACAAGGCGCUCUCCGUCACCCUCGACAAGAAAGCCCUCAAGGAUUUCGUGACUGGGUUCCACAAGAGGAAGAAGAAGAGAAGAAAGGAAGCACAGAAGGUUUUGCAGGAGAAGGAGAGGAAGAAGAGAAUCGAGGAGCGCAAGAGGAGAAAACAAGAGAAAGAGAUUGCUCUAUAUGGUAGAGUACUGUCAUCGGAUGAUGCUGGAUUAGAAAAUGAGGAUAUUGGCGAUGAUGGUGAGGAGAUAAAUGAUGAAUCUUUGUCUGAAAUCAAAACUUAUGAAGAUGAUGCGACCAGAAUCACUGUGACCACUAGCGAAAUUACUCCUGAAGACGAUGACAUUGGACCGAGAAUUAUUGGCCCUGUGUCGACGAGCUACACCAGCAAGAAUCCUAGCUCGGUGGCCAAGAAGAACUCCAGCUUAGGCGUGAAGAAGAAGCCACAGAAGAGAAUGUUCAAGAAUAAGAGCAAGGUGAAAAAGAGCGACAAGAAACGGGGCACGGUAAAGGGUAAAAGGAAAGGCAAAGGACGGAAAUAGUGUCUUCAGUCUUUAGAGGAGAAAUCGUAUGGCUGAUUGGGCUGCGCAUAACCUCAUAAACUUGGAUCUGCACUUGUUUGUUAGGUCAUCCAUAUGCUAAAUUGCGAGUUGUGCAGCUAAGGGGUUGGCCGGUUGGGUUGUGCUGCUGAGGGCUUGAGUUGUGCUGCAUUUCGGCUGUCAAUCUCAGGGUACAUGAAAGAUUUAUUUUGAUCCUAGUUGAGAUAAUUUUCGUGAUAGUUUUUAGUCCUUGGGGACAAUCUUUCGCGACACGGACACAUGGUUAUAUGAGCCAAAUGCUGAUUUGCUCCUAAACAGUAA